GUUAUCAACAUUAUUUCAUCAAGUAGGUGAUGGCGUCAUUCAUUAAUGCAUAUCUUUCUAAAAGUCUACAAAAAGUGACUUCUAAAUGUAGGGAAUUGACAGUUGUUUUGGGAAACGAAGCUGGCGAUAUGGACAGUGUUGUAGGCUCUAUUUUUCUUGCAAUGUUCCUAAAUUCAUGGAGAGAGUAUGGAAUGGCACCCGCAGUUCCAGCGAUCAACUUUCCAUUGGAUGAGCUACCUUUACGUAUGGAUGUUUAUCAUUUAUUUAAGAAGAUUGGAAUUGAUACGUCAUUACUGAUUUCUGUUAUUCAAAGCACUACUUUGUUAAAUCAUGAGGGAAACUAUUUGGAUCUUUCUGAUAUACUACCGAAUGUUGUACUUUAUGACCACAAUAAGCUUUCUGUUUCCCAAAGCUUUCUCAGCAACAAUGUAGUCGGUAUUGUUGACCACCACUUCGAUGACAAGUUAUACGUUAAUCAAAGGAAUAGGCUACGAGUCAUUGAAACGGUAGGCUCUGCUUGUUCAUUAGUUGCCGAACUUUACAAAAAGGUUGAUGUCACAGUUCCAUGUCCUAUUUUACUUCUAUCAUCUAUAGUUUUGGACACACUUAACUUUGACCCACAACAGCAAAAAGCAACACCCAAAGAUCGGGAAAUGUUUGAAUGGCUUUCUUCACUGAUACCUGAAAGUGUAGACUCAGAUGAAUUAUAUGAAAGGUUAUCAAAAUGGAAGAAAGAUAUUUUUGGGCUAUCACUAGAACAAAAUUUUAGACGCGAUCAUAAAUUUUUUUCUUUCGAAAUAGGUGAAAGGGGAGGUUGUCUGAAUACUGGUAUUAGCAGUAUCCCAUGCUCAUACGACGAGUUCAAGGAUAAAUACUCUUUAGAAAAAAUAGCUUCGUCUAGCUAUAUUUUCUUAUCUGAAUCUAAACUUGAUGCUUUUAUUGUUGUUUUUGCCGGUAAAAAGACUGAGGUUUACACAAGGGAUAUCGUGUUUAUUGUGAGAACGGCUGAUCUUCAAAUCUUUAUUGACUAUACAACCUCAUUAAAAACCAGUCUAGUCUUUUACCCAACAGAUAAGUUUCAGAUAGAAGGAAGUCAUGUAUUAGUUGGUUUUUCUUUAAGCGAUACUUCUACUUCGCGGAAAAAUCUAGUACCCUCACUGGCUAAUUUUCUCAAGGGCAAUGCUUAGAGUCCCCUUGUGAUAUUUUAUACAACUUUUCAUAUAUAACUAAUCUUUCUGUGAUAAACAUACUUUAACGUUGAGUAUUACUGAUCAG